AUGGCGCUGACCACCGUUGAAGCAUACAAUCUCGCGUGCAAAGCCAAAGCAAAACUCUCCCGGGAAGCAGCCCAUCCCAACAACAGACUCCGUCACCUCGUCAGCCAUGCCAACAUGCUUGAUUCGCUCAUUCUUGUGCUUGAGGCCGCCGCACAGCGCAACGCCCAGUGGGAAGAUCCGGUUGACGACGACAGCGAGGACGACAGCGUCUCCGAUAUGUCGUCGGACGCAGACUCCACGUGUAGCUGCGAAUCCCUCUCUGACGAGGACUUGCUGGGCGAAGACGAGUCCUUUGCCAAGCCAAAGCCAUUCUGCACAGAAGGGGCAAUCCCAGAGGUGGCAGAUACCGAGUUCAAGGCGCAUACUACAAAAGCCACUGGCCAUUUCUCGCCGCAGAAUCCGUUUAGCUUUACCCCGGCGAGAGAGCGUGGGCAGCAGCACCUUGCGGAGCUUAGAGAGAGUCUCAAGUUCCAGUCCUCCAGCAUAUUCAAGUUAUUAUCCCGUGUUACUAGCAAGCGAGUUAAAUCAUAA